AUGGCGGCUUCUACGGUCUUUGCCUUUUUCAAGCCAAACGCACUCGCGACUAACGGCUACGCUUACGGCUCGGCUGUCCUACCUGCUUCAGACCAAGUGGAUGUCUCGGUGACGAGGAUUUCGAGCGGGCGAUGGGCUUCUUUAGAUGCGUUCGAGUGCGACCGUUCUUCGGACGAGGUGAAACAACGGGCGGUGAGCAAGGAGGAAGCGCUGAGCGGAAUUGGGACGUACGUGGGUAGCUGUGUAUGUGUUGCAAAAGUGUCCCCUCGCUCUCCAAAAGCUUGGGAGUAUGGAGUUGUCACGGGCUACACUUGGGUUCAAGAGCGUUUGGCAGGGGAACUGUUUGUCUGCUUCGGCGACGAAAGCGACAGUGUGCCUUUCAACCCCAAUGAACUACAGGAUCUUGCGGUGCCAAGCUACGCUUUGAGACCGUGCCAUCGGGCGCCUGUUGCUGAUGUUAUGGGAGCAGAAAUGCGCCAGCGGUAUUUGGUUGCGCUAAAUAACUUCGCUGGCUCGGGGUCUCGUGCAUCGCGAAAUUCAUCAUCGAUUUUACGCAAAAUUGACGCCCCCGACAUUGACGAGUCGCAGCUAAUUCCUUUAUUCAAUGUGGCGGCAGGUAAAGUGGAGUUUGUGUCGAUUAAAUAUGCCUUGGACUUUUCGUACUAUAACGACGGAAAACGACGGGCUCCUGCCACGGUCAGGCUCGGUGAUACUAUUUUCGAUGAACCAGCAGCAAUUACAUCGGGCCGUGACGAGACCGCGCAGUCUGCGGAGGACCCCAGGGUCUUGGCAGGCCAGCUGAGUGACUCAGACGAAAGCGAUGGUGACGAGGACAAGGCACCACCACCGGCUGCGGUUGGUCUACUACAGACCCGAAAGCGCGAGCGUGACGUUCCUAAUCAAGUGGAUGAAGACCUAGUGUCAUUGAAACAGCUCCGUGUUUCUUAUUCCGGGAAUCCAUCGAUGUUGCGAAGUAUCGACCAAGUAAUUGCUUUACGAGAGUCUCCCCUAUCGGCGGGUAGCGGUAGUGCCAUGGUUUCUUACAGUGGUUCGACAUACAGUACCUCAACUUCAAGCAAGGCUCAAUUCCAGCCUUCGUCGCUUCAGCGCGUGAUCCACGGUCAACUUGUUAACGAGCCUUCGUUCGUUCGGUUAAUGCAGAUUAUUACCGAGAUUAGAAUGUCCGCACUACAAGUACUUCCACCUGCUCAACUUCUCAGCAACCAAGCUGCGAUGGCUUCGUCGACCAGUAACUCGCGAACCAGCAGAGGAAAGACACCGGCACAGCCUCGACCUCCAGUUCCACAGGAAGUGUUGGAGGCACUACCGACGAUGAACGGUCAAAGUUUGUGCAUGCGAUUCUUGUCGAAUACGCCAUGCCCCAGCAGACAGAAGGGUUGCUUCACCCGGAAACGAGGUCAUUUUGCCCCAGCUACGCUACCCAGCAUCGUGUUCGAUUUUAUCUCAAACCACUACGGUGGCCUUCGUAAAGACUUCGCUUCAAUCACACGAGAACAGUCGGAUAAAUGA